CGUUCAUUCGUGCUCGUUGUGCAAUGCGACUCGGUCGUGGUUGUGUUGUGUGGGUUGAUAAUGUUCAUUGAAAAAAGAGGUGUAAAAUAAGUUCCAUUCAAAUCGUCAGCAGCAGUUUGCUGUUAGGCUAAUCGAUAAGCCUUCUCCACGGUUAGCAUCAGGAUUUGCAACGUUCCUGGUUAGGAUGUCCAGUAAUGGAUCUGCAGAGCUAAGUAUGGAAGCAAUCGAAGGGCUGGAACCGUCUGAAAUUUGCGAAUAAAAGAAAAAUCGUAAUUGGAUGUCAUAAAUCCUGUCUAUUGAUGGUGUUAGUGUGUAUGUGUCUGUGUCGGGUACUGUUUAUAGUACACACAACAUUAUUUGGCUUUGUGCACGAUCAGUCGGUCGGCGGAACACAGUGGUUGAAGCUACGUCGAGUCCCUGUGCCGUUUGGAACGAGGUCGGAGGCGGCUCCGAUGGGUACGUGAUAAGACCAAACAACGACGGUCAGUCCAGUGUCCUCAAAGUGGAGGAUAGAGUGCUGUGAGUUGAGUGUAAUCGCAUUAAUAAAAAAAAACUGCGAAUAAAGAGUGCCAUUUGAAUUGGAUAUCUUCUACCUAAUGUAGCGAAUGAGGUAUAUUUUGCAUUCGCUGCGGGAAACCGCAUUCCUAUAUAACUUGUGUCAAUUAAAAUUAUGUACGAAAGCUGCUACGGGGUCGCAUAGUGUACACAUAUUGGUAAGGAUUUAUGCUAAGUUCAAUUAGCAUUUGACAAGCGUGAGAGCUGUUUUUGGUGGCGCUACAUUUAAUCAAAACAACUGGGCAAGAUGCAUUUCUCAAUUCCGGAUACGCAGGAAUUCGGAUCGGAUAAUUCUGGUUCAUCGUUUACGGGCUUCAACAUACACAUCAAUGGUAGCUUCCACUGCUGUCUACGGUACAAGCAACUGCACAGCCUGCACGAGCAACUGAAACGGUCACUGCCCACGCUGGUAUUGCCGAGUUUUCCGCCCAAGAAGUUGCUGCCGUUGACACCGAGUCAGAUCGAACAGCGGAGGAUUAGCCUCGAGCGGUACAUUCAACUAGUCGGCCAGGAUCCGGUGCUCUGCCGUUCCGAGCUGCUUCGAGCGUUUCUACUCAACGCCCAGCAGGAGUCCUUUUUCACAGAAUGCCGCGAAGCAAGCGUGGACGUGUUCCUCAUGAACGGCUACCGGAUAUCGACCAAAGCACUCACCACGGACUGCUCUAGCAAGGUACUGGAAAAGGCUUGCGCACUGAUCGACCUACCCAAAGAGUACACGUACUAUUUCUCCCUGUAUCUGAUGCGCAAGGAGAACAACGGCGACAUUGCCAUCGCCAAGAAGUUGAUGGACUUUGAAGCACCCUUCGUUUCCCAGAAACAGUGGGAGGACUGCAAGAUUGUGAUACGGACAAGCUACUGGGAUGUGAACUACGAUCUGGAGCUGAUGCGAGACCGGAUCGCACUGAAUCUCCUCUACAUUCAGACGUUGAGUGACGUCGAACGGGGCUGGGUUAUUACAAGCCGGGAUUUGAGUGAGCAGUUAACGGACCUACAGGCACGAGGGAAUAAACGGGAGUAUUUGGACAUUGCUCGCAAGCUACCAUUGUAUGGUUGUUUGCAGUUUCCGCGAGUAUGUGUGGAUUAUCCACAGCCGAAUACAAUGGUUACGGUAAUAAUUGGAAAUCGGGAGCUGAAUUUGUUAACCCAUUACGGGAAGAAAAUACAAGAAACUAAGUUUAAAGUAACUAGGAUUCGAUGUUGGAGGGUAACUACGAUUCAUAAUAACGAAGAAAUAUCCUCAAAUUCGUCGUCCGAAAGCCGAGAAGCACCAGGCAAUUUGGAACUCUCAUUCGAAUACUUGAUGGCCAAAAAUCAGCUCAAGUGGAUCACUAUAUACAGCGAACAAUCGAUGCUUAUGUCCGUGUGCCUUCAGUCUAUUGUUGACGAACUACUAAAUCAGAAGAACGGAUCCGACAUCAACAAUAUACAGACUCAUCAAACGGAAUUUGCGCCACUUUCCUACAUAAGAAGGGACGGUUCCAACUACUGUAUAACGGAUUCCAGCUCAACAGACACCCUGAGUAGCAUUAGUGACACCAACAGUACAACGAAUCAGUCCAACGGAAGUAGCCAUAAUGGUACGUCGUUCAUCAGGCGCAAAUUGAAGGAGUUCAAUACGACAGUACGUUUUAAAACCGGCAAGGACUCGGUGCACAACGAAGCCUUCGAAUGGAUCGGGGAUGAUGAUUUGUAAAACUUUGGCAGGCAAUACCAAGGAUGUUUCCGAGCAAUGAAAAUUGGAAAAGAUGCAAAUUGAGGCUGUUCAAAACUAUUUCCUCUGUAGAUUUUAGGCGCUCAAGUGUUCUAGUAUCAUUAUGAUGCACUAAUUGCACCGAAACUUUUCCGUCGUUUUAUUAAUUACUAGUACUAUCUGUGCUUACGACUGUUGAACACCAGUUUUAAUCUGGAAGCUGCUUUAUUAUGGUUGAAUAUAAUGAAUCGCACUUAGUGGGAUCUUCUCGCACUUACCCGAUUGAAAGUUCAGGUUGUUUUAUUGUUGAUCCUUUCGGCAAUUGCCCGAAGAUGUUUGGUAAUAUUGGCACAAUUUUAAAAUUGUGACAUUAUUUUGCUUCGAAAAAAAAACUGUUACUACAACAGUUGUUCAUUGUGAUUGACCAGAGAUUGCAUACAUUGAACUAUUAAACUAACGACACAAUUGACGCUGAAAUCUGUUCUGUUUUGACAAACAAUUCAUUGCCAUUAAUGUAAAUGCUUGUACUGCAAGUCCUAGUAACCUUUUGGAAAGACAAGACCUGCAAAGCUUGUUAGAGUAAUAAACUAUAGCAUACUCGCUGCUCAAACAGUCAAUCUGAGAAUGAAUUCAGUACUGCAGCUCUAAAUUUAUAUACUGUAAUAUUUUGGUCUGUGAAUUUUCUACGCAUAUUUUUUGUAAACUACAUACUAACUUCAUGUAUGCUUCCUAUAACUAAGCACUUUUUGUAAUAAUAAUGUAUAGCUAAUGAUAGAGAAAACUUCAUCAGAGUCGCACGUGGUGAGUGCUAGAAGUCUUCCGACGGUUCAAAUGAAUAAUUACGUUACAGGUUCAUAAUCAGAAGUAAUGCAAAGUAAACAAGACUAUUGAUUUUUUAGUGUACUCUUCGAGAAAUUGUACCGGAUACAAUGUAAUACUACUACCUACUCAAUAUUAUUAUUAUGUUAUUCAACAACCUAUGUACGGGCACUAUCAAUGGACACGUGCAACAUUUUAAGAAGCUAGACAGGUUUCAAUCUAGAUGAUUGAAACGAAAUCAAUCAGUUAAAACCAGAACAUAUUAGGGAAGACAUGCUGGCUAUAUGCAUAAGAAUAAAUAUAGACUAGUUGAGUAUGUGAAAAGCUGAGGAUCCAAUCCAAUAAAUACAAAUUCAAAUAUGUUUUCAACAA